UGGAAGCAGCAAAACACUCCAUCCCACUUUUACUAACGAUCACCCUUCUAUAAAUAGAACCUGCACAACCUCAUUACUCACUUUUUCUUUUCAUCCAUCGAUUAAAGACUUGCUUCCAAGAUGGUUCUGCUAGAGAAGCUCUGGGAUGACGUUGUUGCUGGCCCUCAACCUGAGCGUGGCCUUGGCAAGCUCAGAAAACUCACCACCCUCAAAACUAUUGAUGAAGGAGACAGUAGCAAGCUGCAGAAGACGUUGUCGAUGCCGUCGACACCGACAACCCCGAUGACUCCCACGACUCCAACGACACCGGGAUCCGCGCGUAAAGCUGACAACGUUUGGAGGAGCGUCUUCCAUCCUGGGAGCAACUCCGCCACAAAGACCAUCGGUGCUCAGAUGUUUGACAAACCACUUCCCAACACUCCCACUGUCUACGACUGGCUGUACAGUGGGGAGACCAGAAGCAGGCACCGCUGAAAGGAUAAGCUAAGAAAACCGUGGGUUGCAUGUAAAUAUUGUCGUUUUUCGUUAAGCACCUGCCACGUUUGAAUCUACUACUACCAUUAUGCGUCGGAAAUUAAUUGCUCUGUUGCUGACUCAAAUAUAUAUUACUAGCGUGUUUGAUUUUGAGCAAGUGAAUGUAAAAUGCUAAAUAAUUACCGUAAUUAGCAUCAGUAUGCUAUGUUUUGUUAAGCCAGAUCUGCCUUCAACUUUGGCAAUUGGUUAAUCUUUUUCUCCCUCUGUUAAAUGAUUAAUAUAUAUUAAAAUAAAUAAAUAUUAUAUUUUCUAAAUCUGUAA